ACGCGCCGCGGGGAUACCUGGGAACUGUAGUCCGCCUGGCUGGCGAAAGCUGAUGCAGCAGUGCGCUCGGGCGUCCCGCUGCGGCUUCUCCUCCCGGCGGCUCGCAGGUUUGGAUGCGGUGUCCACUGCCAGGGGUUCUUCCUUUGGCCCUCAAGCUGAGCUGGGCUUGGAAGAACGUAGGUUGCAGGGGGAUUUCCCAGCUGCGCGGGGCCAUGAGGCUGGUUCAGUUCCAUGCCAAAGGGUCAGCAACCGAGCCCCGGAUUGGGCUGGAGGAGCGAGAUGGCGGCAGUGUGGUUGACCUGAACGCUUUUGACGCAUCCUUGCCCAAGACCUUGCGAGAAUUCCUGGAGGCAGGGGAGCCAGCGCUUGCAGUUGCCAGAAGAGCACAGCAAUCUGGCUGUCCUUCUCUGCCCCGGUCUGAACUGACCCUCUUGGCUCCCAUCACCAACCCAGAUAAAGUGAUCUGUGUUGGCAUGAACUACGUGGACCACUGCCUGGAGCAGAAUGUCAAGAUCCCCAAGGAGCCAAUCAUCUUCAGCAAGUUCCCCAGUUCCAUUGUGGGACCUUAUGAUGCCAUUAUUCACCCGGCGGAGAGCAACGAAAUUGACUGGGAAGUUGAGCUGGCCUUUGUCAUUGGGAAGAAAGGAAAACACAUCCAGGAAUCUAAUGCCAUGGCCCACGUGGCUGGUUUUAUGGUGGCCCACGAUGUGAGUGCCCGAGACUGGCAGAUGAGGAACGGGAAGCAGUGGCUGUUAGGGAAGACUUUUGACACCUUUUGCCCGCUGGGCCCAGCUCUCGUCACCAAGGACUCCGUGUCAGAUCCUCACAAUUUGGGCAUCCGCUGCCGAGUGAACGGUGAACUUGUCCAGAACAGCAGCACCAACCAGAUGAUCUUCAAAACAGAGGCGCUUGUCGCAUGGGUUUCCCAGUUUGUCACACUGUACCCAGGAGAUGUCUUCCUCACUGGGACACCACCAGGGGUUGGAGUUUUCCGGAAGCCCCCCACUUUCCUCAAGAGAGGAGAUGAAGUACAGUGUGAAAUUGAUGAGCUGGGAACCAUCUGCAACAAGGUGAUGUGAAGAUUUUUCUGCUGCGUCCCUCCACGAAACAAUCGGCUGGAGUUAAAAUCCAUGAGCACCUUCACUGAUUCUAAUCAUGAGCGUAAAUAGGAAGUUCUUACAAUUCUGAUGAUGUCUCCUGGAAUUACUUCUGCCACCCAUCGCAAGCGGAGGUGGCCGUCAAGCUAAAAUUCAGAAGCCACCAGCAAUUUGUGGACAUCUCAGUUAAGCCAAGAGGAGAAAGGCAACAUGGGUGAGCGGUGCCCUUUAGUGAUACCCAUGCAAGUUUACACCCAAGCAAGAUUAUGAUUUCUGGUGAGGUACCUGUGAUGGACUGAUGUUGGUGCUGGUUAUCUCCUUUAUUACCUGAAGGUUCUCCAGAAGGUUGAUUCAGAAUAAAGCAGUUUUUGACAAAC